AUGGAUCCGUGCAAUGAGGAUGGGAGAUAUCAGCUUCUGGCACUCAGUCACCUACUACUUGGUAAUCUCACUCCAACUGUCCCCCCUGAGAUUGCACUGCUCACUGAUCUCUCCAGUUUGGGUUUGCCUUCAAAUGACAUCAGUGCCUCAAAGGACACCCUGUUGCCAUCAGAGCUCUUCAGGAUGGAAAACUUGGCAAGAAUCAGUAUUCACCUCAAUGAUCUUUGGGGAGAACUGCCCAGUGAGAUUGGUCUAAUGACAAGUUUGACUUACCUUGAUGUUGGGGGGAACAAAUUCAAUGGACAUAUACCGACGGAUAUUGGAAGGCUGACCCGUAUUCAAGAGCUAGGAUUGACCACGAACUCAUUUACAGGGUCUCUUCCGAGGGAGCUUUGGCAGUUGACCAACAUGAUAAGUUUCAGCUGCUCCGAGAACUCCCUCAACGGUACUUUGCCGACCGACUUGGGUAGGCUGACCAGCAUGCAAGUAUUCUAUAUGUUUGACAAUGCCUUCACAGGGUCUCUUCCAAGCGAGCUUGGGCAGUUGACCAACAUGACAGAUUUUAGCUGCUCCCAGAACUCCCUCAGUGGUAUGUUGCCGACUGACUUGGGUAGGCUGACUGGCCUUCAAGACCUAAAAAUGUACAGCAACGCUUUUACAGGACCUCUUCCAAGUGAGCUUGGGCAGUUGACCAGCAUGACAGACUUUAGCUGCUACCGGAACUCCCUCAAUGGUAGCAUCCCUUCUGAACUUGGGUGGUUGACUAGCAUGGAAGAAAUGGACAUUUACAGUAAUGCUUUCACAGGAUCUCUUCCCAGUGAGCUUGGGCUGUUGACCAAGAUGACACAACUUGAAUUAUAUCGCAACUCUCUGAAUGGCAGCAUACCAUCUGAGCUUGGGUGGUUGACCAGCAUGGAAGAAUUGGAAAUCCACAGGAACGCUUUCACAGGAUCUCUUCCUAGCGAGCUUGGGCAGUUGACCAGCAUAACACAACUUGAAGUCUAUCACAACUCUCUGAAUGGCAGCAUACCAUCUGAGCUUGGACGGUUGGCCAGCAUGCAAGAAUUCUAUAUACUUGAAAAUGCCUUCACAGGAUCUCUUCCAAGCGAGUUCGGGCAGUUGACCAACAUGACAAGAUUCUAUAUUUUUCUUACCCCUCUCAGUGGUAUGCUGCCGACCGAUUUGGGUAGGCUGACCAGCAUGCAAGAGUUCGUAAUAUUAGACAAUGCCUUCACAGGCUCUCUUCCAAGUGAGCUUGGGCAGUUGAAAAGCUUGGAAUCAAUUGGCGUUUCGAAGAACCCCCUCAAUGGCACUAUCCCUUCUGAGCUUGGGCAGUUAUCCAAUGUAACCAGGUUAAACUUGAGGGACAACUCCCUUUCUGGUUCUCUGCCAACUCAGAUUGGCUUGCUGACACAACUGACUUUUCUGAGUCUGAGAAGCAAUUCAUUGGAUGGAUCCUUGCCCAGUGAAGUUGGAUUGCUGGCACAACUGUCUGGUCUGUGGCUUAACGACUGUUUAUUCUCUGGUGCUAUUCCUAGCGAAAUUGGGUUGAUGGAAUCUCUGCAGACGCUGAACCUCCGCAACAAUUCAUUUGUUGGUUUGGUCAUCUCUGAAUUGGGGCAGCUUGAAAACCUACAAGAACUGGAUCUUGCAGUGAGUGCACCCUCCCUGAGAGGACCAUUCCCUUUCGAUUCCUUGCCUGGUAGCCUAGGCAAUCUGAACAUCUCUGGCAGCCCUGGUUUGGUAGGUUCCAUUCCCGAAGAGCUCUGUUUCCUUCAAAAUUCCUCUUGCUUUUAUGAUGAGGAUGAGUGUUCGAUAGACUUUGAUUGUUCCAAUUUGCUUUGUGGAUGUGAUUGUGAAUGUUGA